GGGAGGUUCGGUUCGGCUUAAUAUUGGUGGUGAAGAUGGGGCUCGCUUAGCCGAUUCGCAACUUGGCAAAUCAACGCCUUCCCAGACUGCUGUCACAGGGAAUAAAUAAAACGGCCUGGCAUGGGAAGAAAUGAACUCCCACCACACGACCUCUAAACCCUCUGACUUGCUUUACGCCAGGCUUGCCCCAGGAAUGCCGACAGUUUCUAAUCAUAAUGUCGGGCUUAAAAAAUCAUUCUCCGUACGGAAUUGCUCCAAAUACAGUAAAUUCAGAAACGCAAAAUGUUGCCCGGCCGCAAGAUGAAAAUUCAAACUGGAACAUGGAAGUCGCUUAUGACCGACUGGAAACAAGAAGCCCCUUAAUUGCGCGGUUGAAUACUGUGUGUCCUCCUACAUAUAUGAACCCGCAGGCACCUUGUUCUACAUACGACGAUUCCAAUAUUACUGAGCAGCAACGCUACUCCUCAGGCUUUGUCGCUAGCAGUGCCGACCCCUCACUCUAUCCCUCACAAAUCCCUCGCGUGGGUUACUACGUGGAUAGUGCCGAUCCCUCCCCUUAUGCAGACGACACUGGAAUUCGAACGCCUGGCAAUGAAGCCAAGCUUGGGAUGGCUUCAGAGUUGCCUCAAAUGGGUAUGAACAAUGAUGCUAAUUCCGUGCUACGACAACAACAACAACAACAACAGUCGCAUCAACAGCAGCUACAGGCACUAACAAACCAAUCUGCCUUUAACCAUAUGGGUUGGGACGUAGCUGGUCACUUUCUGCCUGGUGACUCUGGUCGUUUUCCCGCCGUAACAGACGCAUUUUCGAGUCAAUUCGUUCCCUUGCAACAUCCCCAACACGAUACUAACCCUUACCACGGACUCCCUAAUGCAGGUGCCUAUCCUGAGGUUUAUCCGGCCGACCCGACCUCGUCGUAUUCCGGCCCAUUCACUGAUCAGCAAGGCAAUUUCGGCUCAUCGUUCGGUGACGUCGUGCCCGGCGGAAACCCAACAUCUUCGAACUCACCAGCAGUGCUAGAGCUGUCAGGACACUCACCGACCCAUCUCUACGGUGCUGGUGAUGCUCCUCGUCUGCAACAACUUCACCAGCAACCGAGACAGCAGUUCCAUGUUUCUGACUACGGCCAGUUUCACGUCCCAGCUGGAACCAACAACCCAAAUGCUAAUAAUGGCUUUCGAGUUCCGUUUGGUGGGUCCAGCCCCGGCCCAGAGUUGAGUCAAACAUCUUUCUAUGACGGGCCAGAGUUUCCAGCACCCGCUGAAUCUUCACAUGCUUCCCUUUUGAGGCCCUCUACGUCUCACUCAGACUCCAUGGGCUUAAACGCCCCCGACAGAAACAAUCUUUUUCAACGGGUUAAAAAUGUUCUGCGACACCCAGAGCUGUUGUGCGCUAUGAAAGUAUUCAUGCCCUCCCUGGGUCAGAAGUCGUACGGUAAGGAGCGUCGCUAUAUAUGCCCGCCUGCGGUCGUCUACUUGCUCGGCAGCAGCUGGUUUCGAUGCCCACUCGACAAAAUAAAUAUCAUUGCGAACGCGGCUGAUGACCCUGACAACCUUAAAACGUCAGAGACGCCAACCUUUUACACGAGCUCUUCCGACAGCGCCACAAACCUUCUUUCGCUGGGUCAGGUGAAACUCGACGAUCCAUUGGAGCAACAACAAUCACCAUCUCCCAUAUGGGCGAAUACGGUGUUGAAAACGCUUUAUUACUCCGGUAAGGGGGAUCACAAUACGUAUGGCCGCUCAACUACCCUGCAGGUGCAUGUUCGGACCCCACAAAAGCGGAUAACUAUGGAUAAGCUUCGUAUUGGCAUCAUAUCGAAGCCGAGCCAAAAAAAAAUGAUGAUGAAAGUUUCGGAUUUGAAUAUCUGUCACGGCGAUUGUGUGAGUUUAUUCAAUCGGUUUCGCUCUCACAACAACCUCCCACGGUAUUUGUGCACAAAUGUCCUUAAUGACGUCGUUACAAAGCGAACAGAACACUUACAAUUCCAUGAGGAGUUUACGCCGGCCACAGACUUAGACUUAAUGGAAGCGUCAACAUGUCGAUUAAUUACAACAAACACCGUUUGGGAGCCAUUCAAUAUAUAUUCUGUGGAAGAGCUUGAAAACAAAUCAAGUUAUGAUCGGCGUAACACAGUUAUUUGCUCCAAUAUGCGCAUUAUAAUCCAAAGUCAAAUUACGGGUGUGCGUUCACCUCCGCUCAUUAUUCGGAAGUACGAGAACCGUAAAGCACUUGUGGUGGAGGAUGACCAGUUGGGCGACUCGAUCAAUUGUUUGUCUCGAUUAGCGUUCCAGUGUCCUCGUACAAAGUUAUUUUUGAAUUUGGACGAAUUUAGCAACGGUGAGAUCCGAUUUCUAUCGGCUGACCCGGCUCCUGGAGAGGGUGAUGGAAAUGGGGAAUAUGUGAAUCUUCCGUGGUCUGCAGUGUGGUCUAUCAUUACCACUCAGUCCGUUCGAACAAUGUUUUUUGACGACUGUUCCGGCAAUGAUGGCAUGCUCUCCAUCCCCUCAGCACCAAUCAUCAAGUUCAUUCGCAUGGAUGAGAGCAAUAUGUUGCAUGUGUAUGGCGUGAACUUCACCGCCGACGCCCAAGUCUGGAUUGGUGAAAAUCCAUGUCAGACGUAUUCGGUGACAGAUGUCGAAAUCGACGAGCCCACACUGCUUCGUGGACUUAUUUCUACUUCACACGUACCUCCGCGACUGCAUGCAUAUCUUGCAGAUUUGGCUGAUAUCAUUUGUCAGCCGCCGGCGCUAAGCGUAACUACAUCUCCAGAGUUACCGAUACUCGUUUCGCAACAAAACAUCAUUUUCCACAGUGGUUUCACCUGGCCAAUCCAUCCACAUACCCUGUGAAAUUUCGGGAUGGAUAGAUGAAACGGUUUGUCAUGAGCUGCGCCUUCGCUAAUACACGCUCAUCACGCGAAGGUCCUUGCCGGGUGGACCGUCGUGUAUGGGUCAGGCGACAAGAAUACACCGCAUACGCCGUGUAUGCGAUAAGCUAUUGCCGUCGCACCCGCUAUUCUUGAGCGUUUGCGUUUCUAAACGCCUUUGACUGCACUAUAAUUGUGCAUAGGCAUUAUGUUCAAUGACGUUCGUUUCGUUUCCAAACCGGACCUCGUUAGUAGACCCACUGGUGUCGGUCCGCUUUGUUUCCCUUUUCUCAUUGGUAACUUCUCCGCAUUGUCUAAGUUGUUUUAGGCGCAGAUCGCCGGAGAAGUUACACCGUCCUGCCCGACUAAUACUCUUUUUUGAAUUCAUCAGUCCGGUCAUCAAAUUCCCCUCCUUCAUUAUCCGCACACUUUUUUUUGAUCUCGCCCGAAUUCGAUAAGGCACGAAUGUUGUGUGAUGUUAGGAGCUAGCAGCUGUUUGGCAAUGGUAAAAGAAAAGCCAAGGCCAUGUCGUUGACUGCAAUAAAAAAUGCAAGCAAUGUUCUUGCUCGCUUGUUCCUAAGAUUUACUUAUUCUGGCGAAAAUGUCGCAUUGCUGCUCACUUAGCAGCGGUCCGGCAGCUUUCUUUUUAUACAGUUUAUAUAGUCUUAUAGAAAUAAGAAUAGUUUUCUCAUUCCACCGAGAACUCC